CUGCCUUUCAGCUGUUUAUCCACCUUCGUAAAAUAUCUCUAGGGGACGAUUUGUCCGCGUCCGCGCGCGAUUGUGGUGUUGUGACUGUUGUCAAUACUCUUCGAGUUUCGAGUUUCAGUUCCCCGACAUUGACGGUUGUCGAGAAUGACAACGAGCGCGGAGGAUCUGCAGAGGCUGGAGGAAGAGGCGAUCGUCAGAGGCACUAAGUACGUCGCGAACCUUCUACAGCGGCCGGGCCAGCUGGAGAAGAUUGACAUGUACAAGCGGAGGAUCGGCAGGAAGAAGGCCUCCGUCGAGACGAUGCUGAAGACUGCGAUGCAGAGCCAGCUGGACGGGGUCAGGGUCGGCUUCGAGCAACUGCAGAGCUCUCUGGAGAGCAUCGCCGCGAUCAAGGACGACCUGAACCACAUCGAGCAACUGUUCGGCUCAGUUGUGAAGCUCAGCACUCGGUUGCAGGCGGUGCAGGAGGAAAAUAUGCGCCACUCACAGUACGUGAUCGCGAAGGAGAACCUGAAGCACAUAUUUACUGUGCCAGAGAGUGUGGAGAAGACGAAGCAGUGGAUAAACGAAGGUAAACUAUUACACGCGCACCAGAGCCUAAUGGACCUCGAGACCUCCCGGGACGAGCUGCUGUACGAGUUGCACAAGCUGCCGAAUCAGUCGCCAGCAGAUACGGUUAUGCUAAAGGCUUACUUCGAGGACGUGGAGAUGCUCUCGCAGCUGAUGGAGAAACAGAUACGGCUGGUGCUAAGCCGAACUCUGAACACGGUCAGAAAAGAACCCACUGUGAUAGUAACGCCGCUGAGAAUCAUAGAGCGGGAGGAGAAGGCAGAUCAGUUCGCUAUUCAGAGGCACAAGCAGAGUGGAUUCAUGGCGCCAGGUAGACCCAAACGGUGGAAGGAGAUGGCGAUGAAAGUGCUGGAGAAAUCAGUCGCCAAUCGGAUCGAGGGCACCCAAGUGGAAGAGAGGGCAGAUAACAAGAUGUGGUUGGUGCGAUAUCUGGAGCUCACAAGGCUUCUGAUCCUCGAGGACCUGCGAGUUGUGAAGACACUCUGCGAUCCGUGCUUCCCACCCUGGUACGACAUCGUGAGGACUUUUGUCAAGAUGUACCACAUGAGUCUGUCACAGCAUCUGAAGGACAUUAUCGCCGGUGGGCUUGAGGGAAACGAGUACGUCUCCCUGCUGGCGUGGAUCAUGAAUACAUAUACAGGACCAGAGCUGAUGCGGCAUUCCGAGCUGAACAUCGACACAUCCGACAUCGGGCCGCUGCUUAGCCCUGAGAUGAUGAACGACCUGCAGGAAAAGUAUCUGCGGAAUAUGUGUCAGAACUAUGAGGACUGGAUGAAGAAAACGUUGGAGACAGAGAAGCUCGACUGGAGGAGCGGCGUCUUGCCGGAGAGCUCGACCCAGGAACUGUAUUAUCACACUGCGGCGCCAGUUAUCAUAUUCCAAAUGAUCGAUCAGAAUCUUCAGGUUGCAAAGACCAUCAGCCCAGACUUGACGGCGAAGGCACUGGUCCUGUGCAUCGAGCAGGUGAUCAAGUACGGGUUCAUGUACCGACAGGAGAUCCUGGAAUUCAAGAGGCGGCACUUUGCGGACCGAAGCCAGGUGCCCUACUUCACUCACCACAUGAUCACAAUAGUCAACAACUGUAUACAAUUUACCGAGUUGGCGCAACAAAUGAAGCAGCUCUACUGGGUGCCCAACGCCACCACCGGUGACGCGACAGUGAAGUUUGAGAGGCUUCUGGCGAGCUAUCAGCAGCUGAGGAACGACUCCGUAGUUAUUUUGCUGGACGAAUCCUUUCUGGAUUUGGACUUGCACUUUCAGGAUCUGAUCACGCCCAAGUGGUUGUCGUCGCCUAUCCCAGUUGAGACCAUCUGCGUCACGUUGGAAGACUAUUUUCAGGAUUACAAUCACCUGAGCCCCAAGAACUUCGAGUACGUCAUCACCGAGGCACAGAAUCUGAUCGCGAAGCGCUACAUAUCCGCGAUGUUGCAGAGGAAGAUAUCUCUCAAGACUUAUGACGAAUGCCUGACGUGUACGUCGAAGAUAAUGUCGGAGGCGGACAAGCUGAAGAAUUUCUUUGACCGGAUUGCGCCAAAGGUCGGCGCCAAUUUCAAUUCACCGUUCGAGAUAAUUAAGCGCCUCGCCGAAGUGCUGAGGUGCGAGGACGCGGAAAUACUCUCUCUCGACUUGCACUCGCUGGUCGAGAAAUAUCCCGACAUGACGGAGGAGCAUCUGAUAAGAUUGCUUGGCCUGAGGGGCGACAUAUCACGUGCGGAAGCGCGGAAUAAGGUCUCGUACAUCAUGGAGGCACAACGUAAUCGGAAGCACGUGCAGUCCAUUCAAGCGAGUAGUAUAUUCAAGGACAUAGUUAUCCAGGACAGCUUUCUUGGUUGGAAGCCUUGAGACUGGAAGAAGAAUUUCUAUGAAGCAAAGUUAUGGAAUGCAAAUGGGUUCUCUAUGUAACGCGCUACGCCUUUCUAGUUCUUUCUUUUAAUAUAGUAGCAAAAGAGAAAGAGAGAGAAAGAUGUAAUAUAUUGUAUAAACUUAUUAUGUACAAACUGAUAUUUAAUGUAAAUUAUGUAUAGUUCAUUCCAGGAAUGAAAACAUUGUAUUACUGAUAUUACAAGUAACGAAUGCCUUUAUAUAUUUUUAUAAUAAUAAUUUGAUAGUGAAUCUUCCAAUUUUCCAUAAUAGUAAUAGUAAUGUUAGGAUUAGAAUAGUUAUAAGAAAUUCUUUAUUAUUGUACAGUACUAAUUGAAAAAAGUAACUUAAUUGACUUGUUAAGUAAUAACUCUGCAUAAAACGUCGGAUUGAAAAGAAUUAAAAAAUAUUAACUUUUGUCAAAAAACAGAAUUCAGAAGAUAUUCAAAAGAUAGUCAAUUGAAUAUCUUCUGAAAUCUUCGCAAUCGCAAUAAGAAGCAUUCAAAUAAAUGCGAACCUUUGCUUUAAAAAAGAUUCACUUCUUCUGUUAAUUGUUAUCGGAUUCAGAGGCAUACAAAAUUUCAUGGUUCUAUUUUCAAUAUC